CUUCUUAUAAUGACUCGGCGGCACUUGAGAUUUUGGAGAUCACGUGAUGUUUGUCAGCUGGUGAAGCAAUUUGACAUCCCGGCGUGUCACGAAAUUUGAUCCUCCCACUUGUAAAGCGUAAACAAAGGAUUGUGAAGAAAUUUCGUCAGAAAUCACAGAUUUAUACAUCAAUUAACACGUGGAUUAUUACUAUCAAUAAUUAAUAGAUGAAAUGAUUGGGGCAUUGGGGAGUAUUGUAUCUUGGAGCAGUGUCUCGGGAUCUGCGGACGAUGACUGGAUCGAUAGAGUGAACCAUAUAUGGACAGUUCUCUUAUUAGCACUCUUUGCAAUUGUAGUCACUUCCGGUCAAUAUAUAUUAGGGGAUGCUAUACAGUGUUGGACACCUGCAGAAUUCACAGGACAAUUUAAUUCCUACGCAAAAUCUAUAUGUUGGAUUUCAAACACAUAUUACAUUCCUCAAGGUGAUGUUAUUCCAGAAAACAUCGCCACAAGACAGGAAGCGGAAAUAACUUACUACCAGUGGGUACCGAUUAUUUUAUUGUUUCAAGCGCUCAUGUUCAAAGUACCAAAUAUAGCAUGGAAAUUGUUAAAUGGAUAUUCCGGCAUAAAUAUGGACAAGAUUUGCACUUUGUCAGAGUCUACCCUUAUGUCGGCACCUGACGACAGACAGAAAAAUAUAUCGCACAUUGCAAAAUAUAUGCACCGAUGGAUUGAAAGCCAAAGAGAUUUCCAUGACAACGCCCUCGUACGUAUGCGUCGUCGUGUUUCCAGCGUCAUAAUUUUCUGUUUAGGGAAGCGUGAUGGCACAUUUUUAACUGGAUAUUACAUUUUUAUAAAGUUUUUAUAUGCAGCAAAUGUAGUUGGACAGUUCUUUCUUCUUAAUGCUUUCAUGGCAACUGACUACAAUGUGUUUGGCUUCGAAGUAAUGAGCUACCUGUUUACAAAUGGAGAAUGGACACCAUCACCGCGUUUUCCUCGCGUGACUUUGUGUGAUUUCGUCAUCCGACAAUUGAGCAAUCACCAUCGCUAUACAGUUCAAUGCGUCCUGCCGUUAAACCUAUUCAACGAGAAAAUUUUCAUUUUUCUUUGGUUCUGGCUGUUUCUUAUGGCCUUUCUCACAUUCUUUAAUUUCGCUUCUUGGCUGUAUUACACUUUAUUCAAAGAGAACAGAACUCGUUAUGUGAAGAAAUACUUGAACCUUUGCAACGAGAUUUCAACGGGAUUUGACAAAAAAUUAGCUAGGAAGUUUGCUGACGACUAUUUAAGAAACGAUGGCAUUUUUGUCUUGCGUGUGAUAGAAAAAAACAGUUCCGGUAUGGUACUCUCUGAUCUUGUAAUAAGUUUAUGGAAAUUGUUCAAAGAGGAAUAUGGAACUGCAAAGAAACCGGAAGUAAUCGAUACAGAACCCGUGAAAAAUGGAAAGGUAAACAACGACGGUUAUAUAUCAAAGACACCGUAUGACGUUUCAUAAGACAUUGAUGACAGAUACGGACAUUUUAAUGAAUUUGCCAUAGAUUGUGCGUGGAAUUAGGAUCUCCGUUGUAGAUAUAGAAAAAAAACUUUUGAAGACAAUUAGUGAUGUUUUAUCAGUUUGAAGUUUUUUAAGUAGAUUUUUUGAAGUAUUGCGCAUUAACUAUAAGACGUUUAACAGAACUGUUAGCUGAAAAAGGUGAACCGUAGAAAAAUAGUUCAAGAACUUGUCGGUUAUUGACCAUUGAAACAGACACUUGUUCCAUUUUUCACGUUAAAUACUUAACCAAUUGUAGCCUAUGUGUAUGUGUCAUAGAUUAAGCAGAAAAGUUCUUUAAGUCGAAAUGUUCAUUAUAUUAGUACUACUGUCAGAUAAAGUAAAGAGAAGAUUUUUUAUUAUUUUUGAAUUGUCAUACUAUUGUUCAACUAUUUUUUAAAGAAUACUUUCAAUGA